CUUCCCGAGCUCCUUCAAAACAUUCCUUCGUCAAUGAGUUGGACCAGCUGGUUGGGGAAACUUCGGUUUGGGUUCGGCAACAGCGCGGGGAUCUCAUCAAUGGCCGCUUCGUCGUCGGAGAUAGCUUACGAGCCGGACAACGACGUGCCGGCUGCGGGGCAGCAGUUGGCGCAGUUCGGUGCAGGGUGCUUCUGGGGCGUCGAGCUAGCUUUCCAGAGGGUUCCCGGCGUGACGAAGACAGAGGUCGGAUACAGCCAGGGAAAAUUUCAUAAUCCGACUUACAAGGACGUUUGCACGGGGAAGACUGGCCACUCGGAGAUCGUACGCUUGGAGUACGAUCCCAACCAGUGCCGCUAUGAGGAUCUGCUUGAUGUCUUUUGGGCUCGGCAUGACCCUACUACGCUCAAUCGCCAGGGCAAUGAUGUGGGAACGCAAUAUCGUUCUGGGAUAUACUACUACUCACCAGAGCAGGAGAAAGCUGCAAGAGAGACUUUAGAGAAUCAACAGAAGAUCUUAGGAAGGAAGGUUGUCACAGAGAUCCUUCCAGCAAAGAAAUUCUACAGAGCGGAGGAUUACCAUCAGCAGUACCUUGAAAAAGGUGGCCGCAUAGGCUCCAAGCAAUCUGCUUCCAAAGGCUGCACUGAUCCCAUCCGCUGCUAUGGCUGAUGGUUUGAUAACAAAUGCUUAUACGGUACUUAACCUCUUCAUUUUCCAUAUUGAAACCUUCUAUGUUGUCUUCUUUUAUGUUGCAGCGUGACUGAAAUGUGUUUUGAUCCAAGCACUUAUAAUAUUGCUGUGACUAAUUACUUUUAUUCCUGUAUUUUACUGCUUUGGUACCAAUUUCCAAAUCAUUAGGUUUA